GGAAAUAUGGGAUGUAUAAAAUCAAAAAGGAAAGACAAUAUGAAUGACGACGGAAUAGAUUUGAAGACUCAACCAGUACGUAAUACUGACCGAACUAUUUAUGUGAGAGAUCCAACGUCCAAUAAACAGCAAAGGCCAGUUCCAGAAUCUCAGCUUUUACCUGGACAGAGGUUUCAGACUAAAGAUCCGGAGGAGCAAGGAGACAUUGUGGUGGCUUUGUACCCCUAUGAUGGCAUCCACGAGGAUGACUUGUCCUUCAAGAAAGGAGAGAAGAUGAAAGUUUUGGAGGAGCAUGGAGAGUGGUGGAAAGCUAAAUCUCUUUCAACAAAGAGAGAAGGGUUCAUCCCCAGCAACUACGUGGCCAAAGUCAACACCUUAGAAACGGAAGAGUGGUUUUUCAAGGAUAUAACCAGGAAGGAUGCAGAAAGGCAGCUUUUAGCACCGGGGAACAGCGCUGGAGCUUUUCUUAUCAGAGAAAGUGAAACAUUAAAAGGAAGCUUCUCUCUGUCUGUCAGAGAUUAUGACCCUGUGCACGGUGAUGUUAUUAAGCACUACAAAAUUAGAAGUCUGGACAAUGGAGGUUAUUACAUCUCUCCACGAAUCACUUUCCCCUGUAUCAGUGACAUGAUUAAGCAUUACCAAAAGCAAUCAGAUGGCUUAUGCAGAAGAUUGGAGAAGGCUUGUAUCAGUCCCAAGCCACAAAAGCCAUGGGAUAAAGACGCCUGGGAGAUCCCCCGGGAGUCCAUUAAAUUGGUGAAAAGGCUUGGUGCUGGACAGUUUGGGGAAGUCUGGAUGGGUUACUAUAACAAUAGUACCAAGGUGGCUGUAAAGACCCUGAAACCAGGCACUAUGUCUGUGCAAGCCUUCCUGGAAGAAGCCAACCUCAUGAAGACCCUUCAGCAUGACAAGCUCGUGAGACUCUACGCUGUGGUCACCAGGGAGGAGCCCAUUUACAUCAUCACCGAGUACAUGGCCAAGGGCAGUUUGCUGGAUUUCCUGAAGAGCGAGGAAGGUGGUAAAGUGCUGCUUCCAAAGCUUAUUGACUUUUCUGCUCAGAUUGCAGAGGGAAUGGCGUACAUCGAACGAAAGAACUACAUUCACCGGGACCUCCGAGCGGCUAAUGUCCUGGUCUCUGAGUCACUCAUGUGCAAAAUUGCAGAUUUUGGCCUUGCUAGAGUAAUCGAAGAUAAUGAAUACACAGCAAGGGAAGGUGCUAAAUUCCCUAUUAAGUGGACAGCUCCAGAAGCCAUCAACUUUGGAUGUUUCACUAUUAAGUCUGACGUGUGGUCCUUUGGAAUUCUCCUGUAUGAAAUCGUCACCUAUGGGAAAAUUCCCUACCCAGGGAGAACUAAUGCUGAUGUGAUGACCGCCCUGUCCCAGGGCUACAGGAUGCCUCGCGUGGAGAGUUGCCCAGACGAGCUCUAUGAAAUUAUGAAAAUAUGCUGGAAAGAAAAGGCAGAAGAGAGACCGACAUUCGAUUACUUGCAGAGUGUCCUGGAUGAUUUCUACACGGCCACGGAAGGGCAGUAUCAGCAGCAGCCCUAGUGAGCAGGGAGACCCGUCCGUCAAGCAGGGAUGGCUGCCUUGUUUAGAGAGGAAAAGCGACACUCACUGGUUGCAUUCGUCCUUUCACAUGCCGGAAUCAUCUACUGUGCCUGGUUUCUGAACGUAGAGGCUAAAAAUUACUCAGGAAGAACACCCUCUCUAUGGGAAAGUUUUCUGUUCCCUUAGACUGAUGCUGCACCAGUUGCAGCUUGGACUGGUCCUCAGCUGAUAACCUUGCUUUGCUUGACCGACAUCCGAAUACGACCUCCUGAGAAGAAGACACCUGUUCUCUCCCCCAAAUGGACCCAACUCAGCUGUCUUUAUGUUUACAAUUGGAUGUGUGACUCAAAGAUUAGAGACCGUUGCAGUGAAUCUCCAACAGUCGCAGAACUAAACUCAUUUAUAAAGCUAAAACGACCAGACGCAUAGCGUGACAUUUCUUUGUAUUUUCUUCUAUGCUUUGUCUUACUUUUAUUUUUAAAAAUUACUAACCCAACCUGUUAGAUUUUGCAGGUGAAAUCAGCAGCUUAAUAAUGUUUUUCCUGGAUUUCAAUGAUUUUUUUUCCCCCACGGCCUGAAAUCUGAGAUUGGUAGACGUUUCCCUUCCGUGAACACCGCUCAGACCCCCUAGGCACACAGCAGUGGGACAUACAUCUCUCUCCGCCGGCAGGCGUGUGAUCACGCCAUGAGCACUUCCAGCUGCCGUGCUGUGUGAUCUGAACCCCGGCUGCCCCGCGCUCACCCGGACCUCCCAGGAAAGGGCGAAGAGCCUUUGUACCUCAAGAAGAAACAUUUUUAAUGAUCCGGCUUUUCAUUCCCACAGUUUCCUAUACAUAGACUUUUUUUGACAAUGUAGUUUGGAAGAACAGUAAGAUUCUAAUCUCAGCAGAGCCAUAUGAGGUCUUGUAAAACAUAAGAAUUUCUUUUGUUGCUUCAAAAGAUUUGAACAUUAUUUUAAGGAUCAAAUAUGAAUUUUAGUUGCCCUCUAGAAAGUUAAAAUGCCGUUAUUUGGGGCUAUUUUUGUGAUUCUGCAAUCUUUUCUAAGUGGUAUAUGAUGUGUGUGAGACUAUUUAUGCCCAAGGACAUGAAGGAAAAUAAAUAACCACAGAGGCUCUCAUGAGCGGUGGCCAGAGAUUCCAGAGGUUUUGUUUACUCAAGUUUUCUACUGUAAGCUUCGAAUGGAAACUGCUAUAUUACAUCAUGUUUCACUGAUGCUGUUGUAUAUAUACCUAAUAUUUCUAUUUUUUGAUUUUAUUUUAAUACACCUGGCCCAAUAAC